UGAGCGGCCGGGCGGGGAUGCGCGCUGCGCCGCGCAGCCAUGUCGCGGGUGAGCGGCCCCGGGCCGGCUGGCAGCGCCAAGGAGAAGCGCUCCUUCAGCAAGCGGCUCUUCCGCGGCCGGACGGCGGGCGGCGGCGCCGCGGGCUCGGCUCCGGCGCCCGCCGCCGCCCCGGCCUCGUCUCCCUCCGGGAGGUCGCUCGGUGGGUUCAUGAGCCGCGUGCUGAAGACCCUCUCCACCCUGUCGCACUACAGCAGCGAGCCCGAGCCUCGCGGCCCCCACGCCCCGCGCCUGCCCCCGCCGCAGGCGGCCGGCGGCCUGGGCAGCUGCUUCCCUCCGGGCCCGCCGCGCAGCCCCGAGCCCCCGUCGCAGCCUGCCGGCGGUCCCGAGGCUGUGCCCGGCGUGGCGGGGCUCCGCAACCACGGCAACACCUGCUUCAUGAACGCCAUCCUGCAGUGCCUCAGCAACACCGAGCUCUUCGCCGAGUUCCUGGCGCUGGAGCAGUUCCGCGGCGGGCCGCCCCCCGCCGCCCCCAGCCCCGCCGCCGACGGCCCGCCGCCCGCGCCCGGCGAGGUCACCGAGCAGCUGGCGCAGCUGGUGCGGGCGCUUUGGACGCUGGAGUACACUCCGCAGCACAGCCGCGACUUCAAGAACAUUGUGUCCAAGAAUGCUAUGCAGUAUCGUGGAAAUGCCCAGCACGAUGCUCAGGAGUUCCUGCUUUGGCUUCUAGACAGAGUCCAUGAAGAUCUGAACAAUGUAGUGAAUUACAGCAGCAUGCCUCCACUCAGGCCACCCCUGGAGGAUGAUGUACUGCUUGAGGGACCAGUCUUUCCCAUCAGUAGUACUUUUGUGCAGGAACUCUUUCAAGCCCAAUACAGGUCCUCUCUGACGUGCCCUCAUUGCCAGAAGCAGAGUAACACCUUUGACCCUUUUCUCUGCAUCUCUCUGCCGAUUCCUUUGCCUCAUACACGGCCACUCUACGUUACCGUUGUGUACCAGGGGAAGUGCUCUCACUGUAUGCGGAUUGGGGUGCCAGUGCCCAUCUCUGGAACGGUGGCCAGGCUGCGAGAGGCUGUCUCCUCGGAGACCAAGAUACCCACAGAGCAGAUUGUGCUGACGGAGAUGUACUGUGAUGGGUUUCAUCGUUCCUUCUGUGAUACUGAUGACCUGGACACCAUUCAUGAGAGUGACUGCAUCUUUGCCUUUGAGACCCCAGAGAUAUUUAGGCCUGAGGGUAUCCUCAGUCAGAGAGGAAUACAUGUGAACAAUAACCUGAAUAACUUGAAAUGUGGCAGUGAGCACUCCCGAACAAUAUCUUACUCUCAAGGGACAGUGAAGUCUGGAAAACUGGAACAGGCCUCUACUAAACCAGCAGCAAAUGACAAGAUUGUCUUGCUGGUGUGUAACAGAGCGUGCACUGGGCAGCAGAGCAAAAGGUUUGGCUUGCCCUUUGUGUUGCAUUUGGAAAAAACAAUUGCUUGGGAUGUUCUGCAGAAGGAAAUUCUGGAGAAGAUGCAGUAUUUCCUGCGACCUGCAGCCUGCAUGCAGGUUUGCCCAUUCAGCUUGCGAGUGGUUAGUGUUGUGGGCAUAACGUACUUGCUACCUCAGGAGGAGCGACCCCUCUGCCAUCCAACAGUGGAAAGGGCAUUGAAGUCAUGUGGACAGGGGGGAACUGGUCAUGUGAAAUUAGUGGUAGAAUGGGACAAAGAAACGAAAGAUUACUUGUUUGUGAAUACGGAAGAGGAGUAUAUUCCAGACUCUGAAAGCGUCCGCCAGCAGAGAGAGCUUCAUCAUCAACCUCAGACCUGCACUUUAUCUCAGUGUUUCCAACUGUACACCAAAGAGGAGCAGCUUGCCCCAGAUGAUGCGUGGCGAUGCCCACACUGCAAGCAGCUGCAGCAAGGUAGCAUCACACUGAGCCUCUGGACCUUACCCGAUGUUCUCAUCAUACAUCUCAAAAGGUUUAGACAGGAAGGAGAUCGAAGGAUGAAACUUCAAAACAUGGUUAAAUUCCCCCUGAGUGGCUUGGACAUGACUCCUCAUGUUGUUAAGCGCAGUCAGAGCAGCUGGAGUCUGCCAUCUCACUGGUCACCCUGGAGGAGACCUUAUGGUCUUGGAAGGGAUCCUGAGGACUAUAUCUAUGACCUAUAUGCUGUCUGCAAUCAUCAUGGAACCAUGCAAGGAGGACACUAUACAGCAUAUUGCAAAAACUCUGUUGAUGGCCAGUGGUACUGCUUUGAUGACAGUGAUGUUCAGCAACUUUCUGAAACCGAAGUCUGCAAGCAGACAGCCUAUAUUCUUUUCUACCAGAGACGUACAGCAAUCCCAUCAUGGUCUGCCAACAGCUCUGUGGCAGGAUCCACAAGCUCCUCACUCUGUGAGCACUGGGUGAGCCGUCUUCCUGGUAGCAAGCAGCCCAGCAUCGCUUCGGCAGCGUCGUCGCGGCGCACGUCCCUGGCUUCGCUCUCAGAAUCUGUAGAGCUGACUGGGGAAAGGAGUGAAGAUGAUGGAGGAUUUUCAACUCGUCCGUUUGUAAGAAGUGUCCAGCGUCAGAGCUUGUCAUCUCGGUCUUCUGUCACCAGCCCACUGGCAGUGAGUGAAAACGGUGUCAGGCCCUCGUGGUCGCUCUCUGCGAAACUGCAGUUGCGCUCCAACUCUCCAUCGCGCUUCUCUGGAGAUUCCCCUGUACACACCUCAGCUUCCACCCUGGAGAAGAUCGGGGAGGCUGCUGAUGAUAAAGUCUCCACCUCCUGCUUCGGCAGCCUGAGAAAUCUCUCUAGCAGCUACUUGGACCCCUGUGAUGGCGGUCGGCGAGAGCACAGGACGGCUCGCAGAGCUCCUUUGGCUGUCAUGGAAGGGGCGUUCAGGGAAGAGUCUGUUGUAAGGACAUCAAGCUCAGAUCUUUCAGAUGGGUGUGGUAAAAGCUCAGUGCAGUCAGAUGGGAAUCACCCUGCUUUGGACCCUUUUGAUAACAACAAUCAAAUCGCCUUUGUUGAUCAGAGUGAUUCUGUGGAUAGCUCUCCAGUCAAGGAGGUGAAAACCCCUAGUGGCGUAGGGCUGGCUGCAGAGAAGGCAAAUGGCACUCCUAAGAAGGUUCACAGCUCCAAGGGAGUUUCUGAGCCAGAUAAAAGUUUGAGGAAGGGACGGACAGUGUUAUCUACCCAAGAGAGCAAAGUCUCUCACUCUUCUCCACCACUAAAGAGUUCCCAGAAAGUUUCCCGAUCAAGAAGUAAGACGGACUCCUCUAGGGCCAGUGGGCGACAUGGGUCUCCUGCUCCCACUCAGGCUAGGAAAGACCAUGGCACGAAGCCCCUUGACAUGGCUGUCCCAUCAGCUCAACAGAAGCAAAAGCCGGGUUCUUCUCCAUCCUCCUCAGCUGCCAAGAAAGCCCCAUCAGGCUCAUUGACUAAGGGCUCUUCUGCUGGGAAGAGCCGGACUUCAGACCGAAGCCUCAGCAGGGAGGGCUCUAAGAUAAGUCUGGGGUCAGAUAAAACAAGCGUUACCAGCAGUUCAAGAACGAGCUCUCCACGGAUCAGCCACUCUAGGAGUGACAGCAGGGCAGUAGACAGCAAGCAUGUGCGGAGUUCCUCCAUGGCCAACCUGCGGUCUCCAAACGUUGGUGCACGUUCUGGUUUGAAGAGGGACAGCAAAUCAGAAGAGAAAGGAUUGUCUUUCUUUAAAUCAGCCUUAAGGCAAAAAGAGACCCGGAGGUCUGCAGACCUGGGAAAGACAACGAUGCUCUCCAAAAAGACAGCGAGUGGCGGUUCCAAGUCAGGCAGUAAAAACGUGCUGGAAGACAAAUUGGAGAAAAGCGUUGUCCCACCAGCCUCUCAACCCAUUGCCAAUGUUACUGCAAAAGAAAAACUUGUCCCCAAAGACGCUGCACCCAACAAGCAUUCUCUGCUACCCAGUCGCAAGUCCAAGUCUUCCCAGGUAGAUCCCGGAGUCCAGUCUCCUCCUUCCAGUGGCAAGCAGUCUGCUGAAAAGCCGCUGAAAAAGUUACCUUCCAGCAUGCAGGUGUCAGUACGGCCUUCUCUGGAACCUCAGUGAAAUGCUGCAAUCCAGGCUGUGUCCACGCUGGUGUAUGGCCUUGUUCCGAGCUGUGGAGAGUGCGAAGGAAACUGGAGAGACUUACACUUCUUUAUGCUCUCUCUCGACCCUCUCUCCCUGCUUCUCUCCAUUUCUCAAGCUUUCCAAAGGGCAAUAUUUCAACGCUAAUGUUGUUUCUCAGGUAUAUACUCAGACAGUAUAAGAGGGACUAGCAUUAGUGGAUGGACAGAAAGGUACCUGUGUGUCUGUGUAAUAGAUUUCAUUGUUCCAACAGCAGAAAGGUUGGGUUUUUUUUCCCCCUCAUGAAACAUAACCUGCAUUUUUUUGUUGCUAUGUCUUUGAAGAGUUUUACUCUGUCCAUACCUAAGGCGACCAUAUCUUCUUUAAUUACUUUAUCUCUUCUGAAACACUAUGUUGAGCAAAAGAAUAAAGCACUAAGCAGCAGCUGGCUGCCAGCUCAUGGAGGCACUAGGUUGAGAGCUGGUUCAAUGCUGUAGGAGAGCUGUCCUCAUGCACCUGAUGGCAGCGAUGCUGUAGGGAACCCUCUUCAAACCCCCUGAGAAUCAGCGUUUCCUAAUGUGCUCAGGCGCUUAAACUGCAGUGGUGUGACUGUAGUGUCAGUAUUUAUAGGAAUAAUGUGUAGAUAAGCCAAGUGUCGUCUUGUCUUCUCUGCCUUCUUGAGCGUGCUUUGAACAAACCUCUUUGUGCAGGUGGGAGAGGCGACAGAGAGCGAGUUUCUCCCCCCUCAGCAUUGCUUCCCCUGCCCUGCGGGACUGGGAGUACGUUCCUCCCUUCAACAUUGCUUUGCCUUCCCGUGGGGCUGAGAAGGGGGCAUUCCUCCCCUCGGGACUGGCUCCAGGCCUCUCUCUGCCCAUCCCCACUCCUGUUUGGAUGACAGUCGCUAUCAGGGUUAAAACACUCCAUCUAGUGAUACUGUUGUUUACAUGCCAUCCUUACAGGGGAGAUUCCUCAAGGUCUUUAAGAUUCCUCUUAAAAGGUGGAUUCCUCAAGUCCUUUUCUAGACAUGUGGUAUAAUCUUUAUUUUUUUUUUAAUUUCAUGAGUUUUUAUUAAUGUGCUGCUUAUCCUUUAUGUGGAGCAGCAAUCUGUUGUGUAGGUCACGACAGCUGGGCAGCGUGCUGGGCACGCUUGUCUUCUGAAUGAUGUCCUUGCCUGUCAGACAGUUGUGUUUGGCAAAGAAUCUCCAGGCUUAGGUUGUGGACAGAUCUAUUUUGUACGUCUUUUCUGUCACCAUAACAAACAGUCCUCAAACAAGUAGGGGCUCUGAGCUAAUCUGUUCCACCUCUACCUUUGGGCUAAUGUGCUGAUGAUCCUCCAAAGAAGCCUUGCCCCCCUCCCAGGUCAGCUGGGCACAUUGUUGCUCCGUGGUCACUUUUGUACUCAGCUUGCCACACAUCCGUAGCCAGCUUUGGAGAGAAGUGUUUUGGGGGUAGCUGACAGCUUUGAGAAAAGGCAGCGGGUGUGUGGAUCUGAGCUGGAGGGUACCACAGAGCUCUGGCCAGUGUGUGACGGUGAGCCCACCUGCAGUGUAACCCUCACUCUGUUCUAGUCACCUUCUCCCUUUAUGCAACCCAGAAGCAAUGCCAACUGUCUGCGUGUUUUAACAGUGUGCUGGGCUCUGUGCUCUGGACUCUGUUUUAAAGCCUGGACACCACCAUCUUCUUGAUGCAUUUCUUCUCCCGUGUAUUGUUUCAGUCUCAUUUAUGGCAGCAACAAGGAGCGAAGAUUGCAUUACUUCCUUCUUAAAUGUAUGACUUGGAUUAUUGUUGGAUUAUUUUUUGUUAUAUCCAGCAGAGCAGAUAAGAUUUGAUUCACGUUGUAGUACUUAAAUUACUUCCCAAAAUGUUGAUGUUGAAGUAUUUGUUUGAGGUUUUAUCUGUAUUAAGGUCUCGGACUGUGUUGGCUCUUCUCUUGUAACAAUUCUUCUAGCAAGAACGUAAUUCUGGUAGCUAGUGCUAACUUGAUUUGGUAUCUUUUAAUAGACAGAACCUAAUUUUCUGUGCGUUUUACCGUGGGACAUUUGUGAAAGGUUAUUUUUAUCAAACAACAUUUUCUUUUCAUGCCAUCAUUCACUGAAGGAGUUUAAACUGGAAGCUGGUGUAUGGUUUUUAAGGUGGCUUUCCUCCCGUAUGGCGUGCCUGGAUUGAAGGAAAUGUGAAAGCCAUGUGCAAAUUGGCUCUUUAGCUGAAUGCCAGUUCAAUGUGUCUGUAUUAGGGACAUGAGGAUCGUCGUCAGAGCUCCCAUUUUGACAGAGUGGGAAUGGGAGGUCCUGCUGUUCCAGUAGCUUAUGUUAAAAGCAGUCAACCCUCUACAGUCCCAGGACACGUAAACUAGCUCUUUUCUGUGUAUUCCCCAUAAUUCCCGAUUGAAAUUGCUGCCACCUCUAGCACUAUCUACUCUGUGUAUGCUGCCAAACUGGAUUUCCUAGCUGUCUCUCUGACAAGAGCAGCUCUGGUGCGCGGGCUCCUCUCCAGCGCACAAGCAAGGUGGGAGCGGACAGAAGAGGCCAUGUGUGCAGUGCCCUCAUCGUGGGGCAGAUGAGGUGCUGCUCCUCUGUGGUGGGCUGUCAGCAUGUGGCGUGUUUCCUGGUGGGGGAAGGCCUGACUUAGGGUGUCCUCCAAAGGAAUGUUUUUACUUAGAAGGAUGCACUGUAGUUUAUGUUGAAUACAAGGCACACACCAGGAAAAAUGUGCAAAACAUGCCUAUGCAGGACCCAGAAAGUGUAGUCCCUGUCCUGACUGUGUUAGUUCUGUAAGCAAGUGGGUUGGAAAGCUGCUAGCCACUCUGUGUCUCUGCACUUUGGUAUCACAGAUUUCCAGUAGUAUAUGAACUUCCUUGCACAGGAGAAGGUUGAAGGGUGUACGGGGUCCAGGAAGCAACCGUAUUUGUUGUGAGAGCAAAACCAAGUCUCGUUGCUGGUAAAGUCAUGGCUCCCUCAGUGCUGUAAAGUACAUCCCUGAAACUGAAUGUAGAUUGUUGCAAGCCUGACUUAAAGUGACUUGGGGAAAAGCAACUUCGGUCUUCUUGCUUUAAAGCAGACUUAUUUCUUAGACCUUUCUUGCAUAGGAGUUCCUGUCCAUGUGUGUCUUGUAAGGAUGUGGCACGGCACUAGGGAAUACUCCAGAGAGGGAUCUUCCAAGUUCUAGAUGCCAACACCACCUUGACUUUAUGUGUUGGUCCAUGGGGCAGGGAGGACUUGAGGCUGUCCUGAAGCAGCCACUUGUAUGGUGGUCACCUCUUUUCUUAAAAUUUGGCUUCAGAAGCACUCGUGCCUGUGGGGGAGAUGGGUUCUGCCAUCUUCUGAAGGUCACCACUGGCCAGGGAUCUUCCCCUGACCCUGGGUGAUGGCACCUGGAGGUCCUGUGGCUGGGCAUGUGAGUAGGAUGACAAUGAAAGGGAGAGAGAGACCUAACACUGCCCCUGCUCUCCAACCACUGUGCUGGCUCCAAGGCUUCGAGUCCUCCAAAGGGGUUUGUGAUGUUUCCACUGAACUUUAGGUUGAAUUCGCCUACAUCAUCUGUGUGUAACUCGUAUUUCACAUCACGUCCUGAGUCUGACACUUGCUCCUGUUCCUGGAAUUGGCCCUCUGGGUGCAGGAAAGUGACACUUUCAUUCCAGUGCAAGAUUCCUGCUGGAGUCACCUAAAGAAAUGAUUUUUAUCCUUUUUGGGCUGCGUCUUUUGGAUAGUGUUUAGUAGUAUACAAAUUAUAAGCACAUUUUCAAUUACAUGUAUUAAAGGGGCACCUUUUAUUUGUAUUGCUCACAUUUGGUAGACAAUUUGGUGCCUGCAGUUCUCUAUAACUUGUACGUGUCUCACUUUGGGUGUAUAAAUUGUUAACCCUUUCAAACUUAGCAAAUAUGGCUAAAUAAAGUAAAAACGCUUAGGAUAGGAAAUUAGCAGCUUAAUUACAGCACACUUAUUCCACUGUAGGUGCCCUCAUCUGUCUUCGCUGCAGGAUUGUUUGCGUUCCAAAGCCGAAACUUGAGCAUGAUCCACCAUUUUUUCUCAGUGAAGAAGGCAGUUUGCAUGGCAGUUCUCUCACUGUACCCGAAUGCAUGCACUUACUAACUCUGCAAGCGUCUAAUCCGAACCAUAGCCCGUGCUUGCCGUGCCAGAAGCCGCUCGGUAGGCCCCGGAGCGCCGCUUGCCAUCUGUACUUCUGUUUCUCAAUGCAGCUGCCUGUCAGCACACAGGAGCAUGGCCCUGGGUUCCUGCUUGAUUUGCACAUCUCGGAUUCUUUCCUUUGCAGAAUUCUGCAUUACUGACAAGGCUGGAGUGUAGCAUAACGUCCGAGGGAUCUGAAAUGUUGAAAUGAGAACAAACUGGUUUUCUGUAUCCUGUUGUUUUUCUUUCCUUUUUUUUUAAUUGUUUUUGACAGGGAAAACCUGAUCAGUGUUCUGUAUGUAGCCUGCCAUUUUCCAUGUAACUUCAAUGACACCUUCUAUGUCGUGAGAAGAGACAGUCACCUGUAGCCAUAUGAGCACUCAAUAAGAGAGUUUUUGGUGAAUUCCCGUGCUAAGAGGGCAGUUUCCAGUUGUUGGUGUACUGCCCGUCCUGGUAAUGGGGCUUCUGCCUGCCUUCCCAGGCUGGGCCUGUGCUUCCUCUCCAUCGUGGUGGGGUUUCUGGGCUGUGCUCCCACUCUGUGGCGGGUCACUGCGGGGGGCAGCUGUGGGCACACUGUGGGGUGUACUGGGCAGAGCGGGCACUGCCUGUUUGGGGGGCUGACAUGGGGCAGGCUGGCGAGCUCUGGCGAGCAGCACCUUUGAUCAGCAGGACUUGGCGAUCCAGGGGUUCCUCCUGGGCUGCCUGGCUGUGCCCCAUGAGGUGCCACCUGGGAGCAGGGGCUGGGGGUCGGGCAGGCUCUCAGCCCUGUGAGCUCUGUGCCUGUGCCCUGGCCCACUCAGCGGGCACAGGGGAGCUUUGGAAAGGACAUUCCAAAUAAUUUUAUUGUUCUCUUUAUUUUUCUCCUUGGUGUGUCUUUGUCAUUUGCCUACUAAUCCAAAAUAAUUUGGCAGUAUCUAACAUUACCUGUGGAGGGAACUGAAAUUUAGUUUUAAUCUGUGGUGAGAUGAAAGUACUACACGGUUUUCUUAAUAAAAGCACCGUAAAGCAUUUACUAUUAGGAGCUUUAUUUUGUAAAAUAAAAGUACCUGAAGACUUGUACAAUAUCUAUAUUAGGUCUAAAGGUUUAGGGAGCCUUCUGUUUUCUUUUUUAAAGGCCAUAGCACUCAAUUUAUCUGCAAGUAGUGUUUUUUUAAAAGAUACAGAUUAAAACUAAGCGUAGACACAAAGUCCGUUUCACUCUAGGCCCCACAGCACAAAGGCGUUGCAGGAAAGUCAGCGUUAGGGUCGUGUGGCAUUUGUGCAGUGCAAUAAGAAACCCUUUUUUAGGUGCUACAUUGCCUUGGGUAGGGUUGACACAAGGGAAUACGGGCUACAAGGAGCUAGAUUAUUUUCUUGUGGCCUUCCGAGUAUCAAUUUGUACAGGUUUGCUCACCAACUGUGCCUCACCAUUGGUUAAAAUUGAAUUUUAAGUCCUGUUGCAAAUGUAGUUUCUCUUCUGGACACAAUGUCAGGUUUUACACUGGAAUAUCUUACAGUUCUAAAAAACUGCAUGUCACAUCACUGUACACUGAUACUGGGACGUGGGGCUUGCCCACACCUUUGAUAUUCUCUUGUGUAUUUUAAUGUUUUUGAACUGUACAGUAAUCUGGAAAGCAGGCUGUCUUUACUUGGGGUUGAACAUUGUACCAUAAAUUUUAAAUUAUUUGAGGACAAGUGCAUGAGACUGUGUCAAUGCCUUUUAUUAUUUAUUUGUAUGUUUUAUUAUUCAAGGUGUAUGCACUUUUAAUAUGCAGAAUUUAUAUUUUUAUGUUAAAAGUCAUUUUCUUUCAGAAAGAAGAGUUUGAAUAUGAGGAAUUGGAAUUAAGUGCAAAAAGGGGAAUAUGUAACAAAAUACAAUAAAUUUAUUACUAGGCCUCCUGCCUGAGCGUGAGCGUUUUGUCCAGGGUGGCAGCAUUGCCUCGCGCGGUGGCAGCAGCAGCAUGCCCGCUGCUCCAGCCCGGCCCUCAUCCUGCUCCCGCAGGUGCCCCCUUGCCUGCUCCCUGGAGGACUGGCCCGGGGACCCCUGUGCUUGUUUUCGUGGCUUUGUGCCAGCCGAGUGGCCCUGGGGCUAUGGGUUCUGUGUGUGCGCUGUCUGGGUGAGCACAGCAGCAGGGCAAGAGCUUGGUGACUUCCCGCUGCAUCCCGUGCUGGGCUCCUCUUAGGAAGCAACCACCCAGAGGCCUGUGACUGGGGAUGGGGAGAUGUGGGCUCCUGCCUUCUUCCCCAGUUCUG